CCGUCACAGCAUCCUCCAGGGCCGCUUGAGUUCGCGGGAAACCGGCUCUAGUCGAGAUACGAGAAAGGACCCAGGAUAAAACGGCUGUCUUUGGUAAUCAAUCAGUGUGUUAUAAUUCCAUCUAUUUAAAACCGUUACGAUUAAAACAGGGAAGUGACACAGCUCAAAACUGCCGUGUUUUUAUGACUGCAGCCCUGGCUGCUUUGCUAACACCCGACGCUUGUUAGCUAGGUUGUCUUAUUGGCUAACAGGAACACUGUGCUUCAUGCGACAGGACAGAGAGAAUACUACUGACUUGAAGGAGACAAAGGGCUGCCGCUGUCAGACACGCACCAGACUGUUAACAUGUUCAACUUAGACCGUUUUCGUUAUGAUAAGAAGACGACAAAAGACAACGAAGAGGAUAGUGGGUCCCAAAGUCCCGAGUCUGAGAAGGAGAACAAGCCAGCAAAGAUGAAACCGGUCAAAGACCAAACAAAGUCCAAUGCCCGAGGAGUGGUUUUUGAGGAAGUCCUUACAAUUGACCUAGAGGAGGAUGAGCUCAUCUCUGAAACAAAAAACAAAACAUUAGCUAGGAAGUUCAAAAACCCCAUAGGAAAAUCAUCAAAAAAUGUGGCAUCAGAUCACACAGAUGACGAGGACUGUGAACUGAAGGAGAAAACUGACAGAUUACUGGAGAUGUUUCCUCAGUUGACAAGAACGCAGGUACUGGAGGUAAUUAAGAACACAAGCACAUUGGAUGGGGCUGCAGCUGAAUGCAUUUUAAGAUUUGGUGAUAAAGAAGCCCCAGACCAAGGCAGGAAGAGAAAGCAGGAUGGAUCCGGCAGUUCUCAGGACAGUGGUGAGGAUCAACCCAGCAAGAAGAACAGGCCAUUAGAGGUAAGAUAA